AUGGAACACGCUGCUCCCUUUGCCAUGUUGAUGGAGUUCAUUGAAGCGUCGUUACACUGCUUUUUAUAUUCGAGAUCCAUCUAUCCAAGUUCGUUCUUUGCGCAAUCCACGUCCUUUGACACACCCGUGUGGAGAUGCAGACAUUCUGUGCUGUGCGGAUAUCUGCAAACCCUGCUUGCCUCAAUUGGGGGACUGAUGAAAUCGAAUUCAAUGUCCGCGUUCACCAUUGUCCAAUGUACGAAGGAAGCAAAAGAGCCUUUGGAGAGGCUUUCAUUGCUCAUUAAAUCGUUCGGAUCACCGACGGCUCCUCUUGUAGAGAAAGAGUUCCUCUCUGUAAAAACCAAGUUGCAAACAUUGAUUUUGAAAGUGCUUGAUACGGGAUACAAAGACAAAGAAUCUCCGUUGGCAACGACGUUUUAUGUGGUCGUCAAGCUUAAAAGUGAGGACGCCAAUAGAGAAAUAAACAUGGAGUCGCUACUGUCGCCUGUUGCCCCUUGGCAUACAGUUUAUGAUGAGCGUGGUGAAAAUAGCAGCAAAAGCGCCUGGUCAGCCUUUUUGGGGCCAUCUGAAAAUGCAGAAAAUUUUUGCAUUGACCUGGUAUUGGAAAGCUCGCAAUGA